GACGCUUAACAAUGACGCGAGUUUGACAGCACACAUACCUAUAUAACUGUGGUAGGAGUGUGUAUACCUGUGUACCUACACGACUAGGGGUAUGUAUUACUUGUCGGCCAUGGUUUAACACUAACAACCACGUCCACAGCAGUGCCUAUAAUUCCGAGUGCCAAAAUUGGUAAUCAGUUGUGUUUGUGUAUAAACUUUUCGUAUUUCAAAAUGGAGGAUUCAAUAUUUGGAUACAUCUGUUAACCAACAUGGACAAUCGGACAUUCAUUUUACCUGUCCUCUUGAUAUGGCAGUAUCUGCAGUGUGUGAGGGGACAAUCAUGUGACUCCAUGUCUGAUGGUUCGGCUGCCGACUGCUGGUAUACCUUUUGGUAUGUCUGGGUGGCUUUCGGUUUAUUUUUGAUUGUUGUGAUUACAAUUUUAAUCCUCUACUACAAACAUAAAUCAAAACGGAGAAACAGAGUACAACGAAUCGGACCUGCUAUGCCCCGAGAGCCGCCACCGUACAUGGCUCCCAGUCAGGAACCACCAGCCUACGACGACGCAAUAAAGGAAAGUAUAGCAGUACCUCCUGGAUUCCAUGGCGACAUCAGACAUCUACGGGCGAUGCAAAUACGUCAACGAAACGAAGAAAAUCACGAACGAUUAUACAUUCAGCGACAAUUAGCGGCGAAUCGGCAACCGAGUGACGUCAGCAUAAUUUCCGUACCACCAGCUUACGUAGAACCGAGUAAUACAUCUGGACAACCCAUUCCAUAUACACAUCUACCUUUGGGUGUACACCCACCCGUACGACACAUACCAAAUAAUAAUAAUAACACUCAUAAUCAGCAGCAGCAGCCACAGGGUCAGGUACUUCCUCAACGUCCAGCACGACUAGGACAAGCAAGGUCUACACAACAGCAAACAACAGCCCCAACUUCACGAAUACCCCAACGGCCAGCACGUUUAGGACAGCAACAGCAGGCACCACAACAGGGACAACAAGCAAGCGACCCACAAACUCUUAACACACCACAGCAAACACAACCUCCUCCUAGAACGACAAGACGGUAAUGCGUCGCUUGUAUCUGCAUCAGCUCAAACUAUAUGAAUAAAAUAUUUGAUGUUUGGAUUAAUAUGGAUAAGGAAACGUCGUGUGCUUCUAUUAUCCGGCGCUAAGCUGGUACCUUUAUUGUAAAGUUUCCCUUGAUUUUAAUGAAAUGCAUCUGGUAGUUGUCAAAAGAUUUAUUGAUACAAUAUAUUUGAUAACAUGAAUCUGUUUUAUUUAAUAUACUAUUUGUUAUUAAUUUGUAUUGCCUGUGUAACUAACAAACAUGUAAAGGAAUUCCUUUCGUCGGACGACGGAAGUGUAAGCCACAAAGACUCCCAGGAGUUGAGUAAGCCGGUGCUAGUCAUUUUGUGUUGAUCACAUCAAACUCUGUCCUGGUGCUGUGUGGUAUAAUUACAUGAUCCAUCUUUCUGUGAUAUUUCUUACCCUUUUAUUGCUGUAUAUAUAAAGUCCCUUGUUUGAGCAGUAUUAUGUAUAAUGUAUGAUAUAUGUUUAAGUAUGAAGCAUCUGGACAUUCUAAUGUUCUCUAGCAAUUUUGGUACCUGUUUUCUUUAAAUUCAAUAUAAAAGAAAGCCACAUAGGCUUUCUAUGUUUCAGUCUGUGAUAUGCAAGUAUGAAUAUGCCUUUUUAUCAUGUAUAUAUUGUUGUACGUUAUUUGCCUCGUGACUAUAUAAUCUAUUAAUGAUACGGGACGAUAGAAGAGUCCUAAAAUGGUAUAUACCUAGCGACAAGGGUGCAUCUAUUUCUCGUAAAGAAUUGUUUAUAUUUGGCGCGGGUUGUAUUUGAUGGAAGCAAAUUAAAAAAGCUUCGACAAAUUCGACAAAACACCAUUUUAGAAAUGCAUUUCAUUUUUUACGUGCAUUAGGUACUGUAUGUAUAUCAAAGCCUAUUGACAGCAUAAUUAAUAAUAGUAACUGGUGUUUCGUCUCACAUUUUUAUGUUGACUAACUUUUCAUUGUGGCUAAUACCUGUUAAAUAUUGACAUGUUUAUACCAUGGUAUAACAGAUUUAUAUGAAUCAUUUGUGUGUAAUAAGUAUAUUGAAUUCCAAUGUGUAACUUCGUUGUAUACAAGAUUAUUGGUUAAUAUUUCCGUCCAAGUCAUAUUUUAUAUAUUGAGUUGGGAUUGGUCAUUUAUUAUACUGAGCGGAUAUAAUAAUAGAAUGAGAGACAUUUUACAUAUAUAGCUUACUGUAUGUAUCAAUAAGGGUUGAAGCUAAUUCUGUUGAACUAAUUUACCAUUACUAGUCUCAUUUCCAUUUAAGAAAUUGAACUUUCGCCAGAUAUGCCGAGGAUCAAUUGCAUUAACAAAAUCCAAACUCCAUUCUUUAAGCUAAUACCUUCAUUGAAAUCUUGUUUAAAGACAAAAACGAUCCCCAACCAGGUUUUGUUUUCAAACCAACUCUCCUUUAAACCUUUCUAAUAAUCCAGCCACCCCCCCCCCCCCCCCCCCCCUCCGAUGUAACUGUUUCAGAACCAUAAUAAACUAUAGGUAUACGUGUUUGUUAUUGUUGCAUUGUACACCGUAUAAUAAUGCCUUUGUAUUAUGCACGCAGUUGUCUCCUUAAUUGUAGAUGGUUGUGUACAUUUAUCCUGUAAGCUGACACUUAAACUUGUAAAAUUAACUGCGCAUUUUGAAAUGUGUUAAAUAUCUGUGAUAUUUUUAAAUGGCAUUGGAUGUCCGUCCAUUUGAUUGUUUUUAUUUGCUUAAUAUUAUUUAUUUCUUUACUCGUAUAUAUUGACGUGGAAUCAUGUGUGGUUUGAUAACUAAUUUAUAUAAUUGCGUUUGUUGGAUUGAACAACUAAGCAUUAAAUAAAUAAACAAGUUUA